CUUCCGGAUCCAAGAGGCUUUUCGGUCCCCUACAGCGAGCAUUAAAUGAUCAUAUCUGCGCUCUGUUGGUUUAAAAUGCGUCGCUGUUUGUUUUGCCCGGAAGUAGUCUGUUAAUGGCUACUAGUGUACUCCGUCUAAUCCGACCGUACGCGUUCAGCUCUAACCCGGCUUUGCUGAGGUCUUACUCGAUGGCCGGUAUGGGCCCGGUGGUCGCGGUGAGUCGCUCCCCGCUCGAGCGGCUGGAUCUCGAUAACGUGGUGCUGAGAAAGCUGCCGGUGGAGGAGUCGGAGGCCCCGGGAGUGAGGACAGUCCGCGGCGCGUGUUUCUCCAGAGUGAAGCCGCAGCCGCUGCAGAAGCCUCGGUUUGUGGCGGUGUCCGGAGCCGCCAUGGCGCUGCUCGGCUUCAGUGCGGCGGAGGUGCUGAACGACCCGCUGGGCGCGGAGUACCUGAGCGGCUCCCGGUGGAUCCCGGGCUCCGAGCCCGCUGCCCACUGCUACUGCGGACACCAGUUCGGUCGCUUCGCGGGGCAGCUGGGCGACGGAGCUGCGUGUUAUCUGGGUGAAGUGAAAGCUCCGGCUGAUCAGAGCCCCGAGCUGCUGAAGGAGAACCCGAGCAGGCGCUGGGAGAUCCAGCUGAAGGGUUCCGGACUCACUCCUUACUCCAGGCAAGCGGAUGGCCGUAAAGUCUUGCGCUCCAGCAUCCGUGAGUUCUUGUGCAGCGAAGCUGUCUUUGCCCUUGGGAUUCCUACUACACGGGCUGGCUCUGUAGUGACCUCAGACUCGCGCAUCAUGAGAGAUGUGUUUUAUGACGGCAAUCCAUGCAUGGAAAGAUGCUCAGUUGUGUUGCGCAUCGCUCCCACCUUUAUCAGGUUUGGUUCAUUUGAGAUUUUCAAAAAGGAGGACGAGUUCACGGGUCGGCAAGGCCCCAGCUAUGGAUAUAAUGAGAUCCGGACUCAGAUGUUGGAUUAUGUCAUUGAAACUUUCUACCCAGAGAUCCAGCAGAGCCACCCAGACCCAGUGGAGAGGAACACUGCCUUCUUUAGGGAGCAGAGGGUGAACAAGGAGGAAAAGCAGCAGAGCAAGUAUGGCUCUCAAGCAACUCUCAGUGCUCAGCAGGCCAAGAAACAGACUGCUGAAGGAGAGAAGUGGGCAAGGCUGAAACAUGUGGCAACUCCGCGAAAGCGGUCCAUGGAGACACUGGUGAUCCAGGUGAUGCUGAGAACAGCCAGACUUGUGGCCCAUUGGCAGUGUGUGGGAUUCUGUCAUGGAGUCCUCAAUACUGAUAAUAUGAGUAUUCUGGGGCUUUCACUGGACUAUGGACCAUUUGGCUUCAUGGACCGCUUUGACCCAGAGUUCAUCUGCAACGCAUCUGAUAAUUCUGGCCGGUACUCAUAUCAAGCUCAGCCAGAAAUCUGUCACUGGAACCUGGCUCGGCUAGCAGAAGCUUUGCACCCAGAUCUGCCCUCAGACCGGGCGCAGGCUGUGUUGGAGGAGUACACGCCCCUCUUCAACACAUUCUACUUGAGCAAUAUGAGAAGGAAACUGGGCUUGCUGAGAAAAGAGGAACCAGAGGAUGAGAUGCUCAUCACAAACCUCAUGCAGACGAUGCACAACACAGGUGCCGACUUCACCAACACGUUCCGCUGUUUGAGUCAGAUCUCAUGUCCCGCAGAAGGAGAGUCGGUGGAGGAUGGUGAAGUUCUCAAACAGGCCACAGAGCUUCUCCUACAGCAGUGUGCCUCUCUAGAGGAGCUCAAGACUGCCAGUAAACCUAGUAUGGACCCACGUGAGUUGUCAAUGCUGCUCUCCUUGGCCCAGAGUAACCCUGCGCUGUUCAGCAUGAUGUCAGAUCGGAGGACGUUGGCCCGGCAGCUGGAGAAGCUCUCUAGGUUAAAGGAGCUGCUGGAAAGCACAGAGACCGACCUAAAGAUCAAGCAGACUGAGGAAUGGACCGGCUGGAUUAAACAGUACAGACAGCGGCUGGCUCGUGAAUGUGAGGGAGUGUGUGAUGUGAAGGCAGUGCAGGAGGAGAGAGUGCGUGUGAUGGACAGCACCAAUCCUCGUGUAGUGCUUCGGAAUUACAUUGCCCAGAACGCAAUCGAAGCAGCUGAAAAUGGCGAUUUCACUGAGGUUCAGAGAGUUCUGAAAGUGCUGGAGAAGCCGUUUUGCACACAGGAGAGCUUGGAGCUUCCAGGGCAGAUGGUAAGACUCGGAUCAGAGGAAGCACAAAAGAAGGAUGAAGAGGCACAGAGAGAGGCUGAGGAGGAUGUUACAGGAGCAGAGAAUAGAGUGAUUGUUUCUUAUGACAGCAAGCCCCCAGCCUGGGCUACUAAAAUCUAUGUGACAUGAUCAUCCUAAAGCCUUUAGGACAAGUAGCCCAGAGAUUCUUCUGUCUGGGUAUCUGUCUGUGAAGGCUGUUUGAGGUACUAAACUCCUGUUAAACCAGUUUAAGGAUAUACAGAGAAAAUGUCUGGUUUCCUGUAAUAUUGAAAAUGUAUAAAAAAAAAUUAAUUCUAUAUAUUUGACUGGUUAUAAAUGAUGACUUGGACCGCCAGUCUGAGAGACAGGUCUUAGUCUGAAAGACAGAAGUUUUAGUAUCCUAUAAACCAAAGAGAGUGUGGGCUAGGGUGAGAAAGAGAAACCUUGUGUACAGUAUGUGUUUUCAUAUGUACAUGCAAAAGAAACCUUAACGCACAGGUUAGUGAGCAGUAAAGCUCCAAAAUACAAUAUAAGCACACAGUUAGUUGCAGCUGAUACAACUUAGAACAAAGGGUAGUUCUUUGGUCACGAAAUUGCGCUCGUAGCAAAAUGUGGUAACUUUUUUUUAGUUGCAGUACUCAAGAUGAUGUAAUUAAAUAAAACCGUCACACUGUAUGGGGUAUCUUUUGACCCUAAAAAAAAAAGCAUAGAAAAUUAGCCGUUUACUUCUGAACGUAAAAUCUUUUAUGAGGAACGAAAAGUCAGGAACGGAAUUGCAUCAGAAAACACUGAACUUUCAUUUCUUAAAAUUCAAACCAAGAUUUCUCUGAAGCGACAUUGCUAUAAUUGGGGUGAUUUGAUUUCUGUAAAUAUGGUUUUCAGUACAUUUUGCCUUGGAUUCCAUACUUCAGCAAUAUCACCGAGCUGAGAAUUUUAAGGCAGUCUUAAUCAUUUCGUAAUUUUGGCCUCUCUGCUGAAGAACUGCCCCAAAUUAGUCUGUCUGUAGUGUUAAUAUGUAAUUAUCAAUGGCUAAUAAUAUGUAAAUGAUCUUAUGCUGGAAUAAAAGGUUUAUGGCACUUUACUUCACAUAAAUAGAACCUAUGCCUGAAUGUAGGCCUUACUAUUUCUGUACUUUUGGAUGUUCAACAAGAAUACUUGUUUACCUUUUACAGUCAUUUAGAUACAAUAAAAAAAAAAAUCUGCCAAAGA